AGUCGCAGUGAGUGGUUCUCGCAGUCACCUCUUGUAACUCAAAGAGUAAGAGACAAACAGAGAUAUUUUUUUGGCGCAUCAUGAGCUCAACCAGUUUGACAAUAUCAUCGAUUUUAAUAUUUACACUCAUCAAUUUUCACACUAGAGAGCUCGCUGAGGCAAGCGAUCUUCUUCGCUGCUCAACCUAUCAAGAUCUCUGCUUCCCAACUCAAGACUGCUGCCCGGGAAAAGGAUUAACAUGCAGUUCCGCAAAUUUCUGCGUUUGUGCGAGAGCUGACCAGCAGUGGGAGGAUUUUUUCGACGAGUGUCGUGACAGACCUGCGCCCCAGCCAACUCCACCCGGCAAUCAGGAUUCAAGCACCGCUUUAGGGAUAGGAUUAGCUGUUGCAAUUUUCGCCGCUUUUGGAAUUCUAGUUUUUGUUUGUUUGACGUGUAACAAAGGAAAUGAAGAAAGCAGUUUGAGGCACGUAGAAAUUCAUGCCUCCGCGCCGCCGGUGGACAACACAUGGUGUGGCCCACCAGUACUCGAAAAUACUUCUCAAGAGGAGUCUCAUUCAUGCGGCGGUCAACAUUGCAACUCUGACGACUCGCCGCCUUCCUAUGAUGACAUAAUGGGUGGCUGCGAUGACAAUGGUGCUGCUGGGGAUUAAUAUAAACAACCGAUUUUGAUCUUGAAAUAUUUUUGUAAACUCAUCGAAUUUUUUUUUUUAAAUUGACUCGCUGGCCCACUGAGAGGUAUAAAAUACAAUGAAUUGUUUUGAAACACCUGAAAAUUGUAAUUUACUAUCAACGAUUUGCAUUAUGCGUUUAUAUAAUGGAAAUCAAACUCAGAAAUCCGCGGCACAUUCAUGUUCUUUGAAAGUAUUAGGCAAACUGAACGUUUUUAAAAUUUGUACGCUUCAAUUAUGGUGAUGGUUAUAAAUAUAAAGAGCUCUCUUUAAACAUUUUUCCGUAUUUACAAGUCAAUUUUUACUCUAACUGGGACGUGUUCGUCUGCUGUUAUUAAUAUUAUUAUGCUAUUAUUAAUAUGGCAUCUGUCAUAAUGAGGCUUUAUUCAUAAUUCUACAAUUAAUGGACUGAAACUACGCAACAUUUUUUUGUUUUCAAAUGUAUUAUUAAAUAUUAAAAUAUUAUUGAAAAUAACUAAAAAAAAAUUGCUGCAGUUCGAUAAUUUUAAUGAUAAUAUUUUUUUUCUGAAUUGGAGAAGAUAAUUUAAACUUUUGAUCACUAUUUUUUUUUUUUUUUAUUUAUUAUUAUUCAUUAUUGAAAUGCAAACAAAGUACAUAAACAAAAAAGUCAAUUCUCUGAUUUGGGCACUAUUAUGCAACCUACAGGGCACCUGAUUAUUAUUAUAUUUGUAUUUUA